AUGAGGGUUGGAAAGGAAAGUGGUGGGCGAGUGCACAACGGUGAACUCUACCUUGAUGGACCGACUUGUUGCUGUCCUAUCGGUGCUUGUGGUUACCGAAAUAUAUACGCUUCCUCAAUCUUUACAAGACCUGCAAGAUGUUGUUGUAACAAGCCUCUAUCACCCGAAUCUGGAUCUCUUCGUCAGCGUGAACCCACUCAACUACUUUCAGCCUUAGAGGAGUCCACUCGGUGUGCUCCUCUCUCUAAAAUCCCUGAAGAGGAUGACAACACUUCUCAAGCCUCCACAGUGAUCGUGGUUGUUCAGCCACAUCAUCCGCAUCAGCAGCACUGCUCUAAUUCACCGACAGCAUCGAUGUCAACAACCUCUUCAAGCACCACGCUUCCUCUCUCCUCUUCACCUCAGCCCACACCAUCAUCAAUACAAUCGACACCUGUCAUCUCGACAGAUACAGAAGGCGAGGAAGAGGAGAAUGCGUGCAAAAUUGGUGAUCAAGGUCCAAGGUGUUAUUUUAAGCCGUACACACGAGUGCAAACACCUCAACCUAGUCUUGCUGAUCGCGAUAACCUAAACAACAUUCAAACCACUCAGCGCGAGGCUUCACCAUCAGUUUGGCAGCUGCAAAAUUCCUUAUUGGGCGAGAGUCACAGUGCAUUCGUUGACCUUCGAAAACCACCACCACCGCCUCCACCAAUCAUGAGCUCUACUGCCGCAGUCACCAACACCAUCACUACCGCUGGCACCAUAGCCAGCAUGGCUCUCAAGGUCAUCACUUCACCAAUGGGUGUGAUGGGACACCCAGCACCGCCUCCACCCCCUAAAAGGUCUCCUCAAACGGUGUUGACGGGGAAAUCUGAAGACGUGGCUCCACAACAUAAAUGCAACGCUCCUCAACCAUCCCCACCACUGCCUCCAGCACCGCCACCACCACCUCCAACUAAAGAAGCCUCCGUGGUGAUGCCCACUCCUCAUAGCUCUAUUUUACAAUCCCAUCUGCGCGUGAACCCCUCCGCUUCCCUCACUAACGAAGCGUCUUCCAUAGACGAGGCUUCCGUUCUCCACAUGACUGACCUCUUAAACCGAAAACACGCUUCCGACAGUGUGCGUGAGUACCUUCUUUCAGCAGCCGCGGAAAUAGAACAUGAAAGGGAACGGAGGUUACAAGCAGCUGCGGUGAAUGUGGUAGCAUUCAGGAGGAGGGUUCCAGCGGUUCAGAGGCACCCACUAUUUGAAGCGACUAGAACGUCAACAAUGGGGAAUUCUGCCUCGCCUUCAGGAAAUACGAUUGAAAGGCCGACUUCAGCAGUGGUUCCAAAGGUUUUACCAGCGGAAGAGGAGAUUACAAUUAGGCUAAUAAAGGCUGCCGCCGGUUUGGGAUUUAGUUUAACUACACGGGAGGUGUUUUUGGGCGUCUAUUCAACAGACCACGCAUCCUCGGCCAAAACACAGCUUCAACAGUCUACCUCGAAGCCGCAACACCAAACUCUCCAUUUGAUGCCAAUUUAUGGAAGAGCAGUUUGCGUUAAGAGCAUAAUUCCCGGUGGAGUGGCUCUAAAAGACGGUUCCCUACGAGUUGGAGACCGCCUUUUGAAGGUUGAUCGCGAAGACGUGUCCACCAAAUCCCAGGCGCAGAUAGUCUCCCUCCUUCGUGUAAAACCUGUCGGCUCCGAGGUGGAACUUGUCGUCAGACGAUCUCAGUGGUUGGCUUCCACGACAAUGCCGGCGUCGACGUUGAAGAACAUCGACAACGAGCCUGCAUAUCGAACAUUGAGUCCUGGUUCGAGUCUGGGCACUUGUGGUUGCAUGUCACCACAAUGUCCAGACUACGCACUCCUUCGAAGUCAUCGAAUGGGCAGCGCGGAUGACUCACAACUUGGGAGUCAUUCUGAGGUGCUGGACAUUCCCCUGCUGCCCGUGGAAGCGCAACUCCCUGUGGAGACUGAUUUGAAUGGCGGUGGCAGUGGGGUUGCCAUGAAAAUUCGCAACCGUCUGGCAGCCAUGAGAUUGGGCGUCAGCGUGCGCGAGGAUCUGCCCGAGUGGUAUCCCAAUUCCGCUACUAUGAGUGGAAUUUUUGUCAAGGGGCUUAUCGAAGGUGGUGCCGCGCACGCGGAUGGUCGACUCCGCGUGGGUGACGAGAUACUCGAGGUGAACGGCAUAUCCUUAGUAAAUACUCCCAAUCCUCUGGCGCUGCUGCGUGCAGUGCUCAAACAGAUCUCUUCCCUGUCACCCCUCAAUGCAACCCCCAACUCCCCUUCCAACUCUUUCAACGACCAAAGUGCCGCUUUUCCUGUCGUUCGUCUCCUAAUCGCCCGACGCGUACGACAUAGGCGUUCCGCGUCUGGUCACACUCUUUUUCUUUGCUCUUUCCUCCCAAAAAAGAUCGGUUCCAUUUUCGGGCUAGAAACUGCCUCCACUACCGCCUCCGAAGCGGCUCCACGAAUGGACAUUGGUAGGAGCUCUGCUUUGCUCCUCUCGUCACCCAAUAGUAGUACCAUGGAGGCGUCGUGCCACGCACUUCGAAUCUCCGCCGAUGUCCAUGCCACCAAUACAACCGCCACCACCGCCUCAUCUACCACCGAAGCGGUUGUCAAGAUCAAUGUCGGUGGUCUUGAGGACAAUGCAUCUAGUCCGUCGACCUUGAGAAAAAAGAGAGUAGCCCCCAAUCCCAUCCGGAAUGCACCCCCGUUAUCACAGCCUUCAAAAAGUGCCGCUGUGUCGCAGAUGAAAAAGGCCUCUGCUGAAAAGUGGUGA